UCGGCAUCCAUCGAUCUCCGUGAAAAUGGAGAAAUCACCGGGCGUGAACAUCAGCGCCGGGAACGGUUCCGUGGACAGGCGCUCGUUUCUGGAGCGAAGCGGAUAUCAGCACUUGGAUCAAGGAGACCUGAGGGUUUUGAUUCCGGUGGUCUUGGGAAUCAUCUGCGUGCUCGGUUUCACCGGGAAUGUAACGGCUAUGGGAGUCCUGCUCACCAACGCACGUAAAGGGAAGCUGUCCAUGAUCAACACGCUCAUUCUGAACCUGAUGCUGGCUGAUGGUCUGGUCCUAGCGUUUGCUGUUCCCUUCAAGGCUGCUGCUUAUUCCCGUGCCACUUGGACCCUGGGCUUGUUUGUCUGCAAGACCUGCGACUGGUUCUUGCACUCCUGCAUGGCUGCCAAGAGCUUUACCGUGGCCAUCAUGGCCAAAGCUUGCUACAGGUACGUCAGCAACCCUACCAAGCAGGUCACCUUCCGGUUGAAGACCAUCCUGGUGGUCCUGCUCCUCUCUUGGCUCCUGGCGUGCGUGGUCCCCAUACCACAGUGGCUCUUCGCCACCCUCCAAAGAGAAGCAAACGGAGUGAUUUGUGUGCAAACGGUGCCAGCCGAUGCCCAUGACUUCAUGUCUGUGUAUGUCAAGGCGUACCCGCUCGUGGCCUAUUGCACACCUUUGAGCUUCGCCCUGCUCUACUUCUGGAAGGCGUAUGGACGGUGCCAGCACAGGUCCAGCAAGACCCAGAACCUGCGAACGCAGAUCCGAUCCCGCAAACUGACCCUGAUGCUCUUCAGCUUGACCGUGGCCACGGCCACCAUGUGGCUCCCACAAUGGGUGUCCUGGGUGUGGAUGCGGCAUGCCCUGGAAACCGAGGGCACCUUCCCUCCAGUCCUUUUCACUCUGUCCGCGCAGCUGCUCAUGUUCUCCAUCUCUCUGGUCAACCCUCUCAUCGUACUGGCCCUGUCUGAGGAGUUUAGGGAGGGCUACAUUGGCCUUUGGCGCAGGCUCACCCUCCGCAAGCACCCACCCAAAAGCAAGCCAGGGCCACACACCCCGACCGCCCCGAAGUCUCCCACCCCACGACCUGAAACAUCAGCCCACCUGCCUCCACAUCAGCCAGGGCAAACAGAGGAGCAAAUGGACCAGAGUGAAGAAAAACAGGAGAGCCCAACCAACAAGGAUGGAAUAGUACUGCAAGACGUAGAGCAGUUUUGGCAUGAGAGGGAAACUGGCUCCCAAUCGCAUGAAAAUGACCCUUUGCCAUGGGAACAUCAGGAUCCCAGGGAAGGAAAACAGUAAGACUUUCCUGUCCAUGUACAGUGUUAAAAUCAAUAUGAAAGAGAGAAAAAAAACACAGACAAAAGAUCAGACCUCACCUGAACUGAGCCCUUUCUGAAAUCAUUGUGGCUAAUCAUAAAUGAUGAGUUAUGGUUUGUAUUUACUGAUUUUAUAUUGUGCUUUGUCUAAUCGUUAUGGUUUACUCUCCUUGAAAAGAGAAAAAUAUGAGUACUUGUAUAGAGAAAAGAUUUAGCUGUUGUUUUGUAUUCUUUUGGUUCAAAAUUAUGUAUCAUGUAUUAUAUAAUAAUUAGAGAUAUGAUUGCUAAUAAAAACAGUGUGUGGUGAUGUCUUUUGUGCACAGGUCUAACAAGACAAUAACAAAACCGAAAAGCUGUGCCUAGCUCUCUCCCGCCAAUUGUAAUAUACAUUUAUUAUAUAUGAAAAUAUGCUCCCUUUUUUUUUACAGGGCUGUUCU